GCAACCUUGGAUCUUGUUCCUCACUAGCCAUCCAUCUAGAUGUUUGAGACAGGCUCUCGCACUGGCCCAAAGCUCAUCAAGUAGGCUAGACUGGCUGGCCAUAAGGCCCUACGACUCCAUCCGUCUUUGCCUCGCCAGCACCAGGAUUACAAGCACACACUACAUGCCUGGCCUUUUUAGGUAGAUCCUGGGAGUCAACCUCAGGACUUCAUGUUUGUACAGUAAACACUAUAUUGACAGAGCUAUCUCCUCGUCCUAUUGUGGCAAUUAUAAAAAAGGCAAGUCUAAAAAAGACUUGGGUGAGAAAUACACUAAAGCAAAUAAAGGAAAGGAUAAUUCCCAUCGUCACUUCUGCAGGGUAGUUGAGUCCAGAUGGGACUGGAAUGACUCAGGCCCCCUCUGUCCCCACACUUGAUCGGUGCUGUAUAGAGAGCAGGUGUCUCCAGAGAAGCUGGGGCAGCAGCUUGGGAGGAAGCCAAGAACCUCGCAAGGAAGCAGAGUACACCGUUGCUGGAUGAGUCUUCACGCUCUCUACACGGAAACAGCUGUCAGGGGAGAGCCAUGACCUGCUUGCUGGUGGUGGACCUUUGGUGUGAACAGGCAUCGAGCCCACUGCAUGCUGGGAGAGCAUGCACACGGUCCCCAACUACUGCAAAUUAUGCAGUUAGUUUCUCACAUUUGGGGAAACUGCAGGGCUCAGCGCAUCCAGAGUGCAACGGAGAAGCCUCAGCCCUGGGAAAACCACCUUUGUGAUCAUGGUAUCUCCCCUGCCAGCGAUGGCAAACCCCGAGGUGGCGGGAAGCGGCUGUGGCUCUCACCAGGAUGACAGUCCCUGCACCAUUCACCAGAGCUCAUCCCCCAGCGAGCUGCUUCUCUUAGAAGACCAGAUGAGGCGCAAACUCAAAUUCUUCUUUAUGAAUCCCUGUGAGAAGUUCUGGGCUCGGGGUAGGAAGCCUUGGAAACUCGCCAUACAAAUUCUGAAAAUUGCAAUGGUGACUGUCCAGCUGGUUCUGUUUGGACUAAGCAACCAGAUGGUAGUAGCGUUCAAGGAAGAGAACACUAUAGCCUUCAAACACCUCUUCCUGAAAGGAUACAUGGAUCGAAUGGAAGACACAUACGCAGUGUACACUCAAAGUGACGUGUAUGACCAGGUCCUCUUCGCAGUGAAUCAGUACUUGCAGCUUCGCAACAUCUCUGUUGGCAACCACGCUUACGAGAACAAGGGCACGAAGCAGUCGGCCAUGGCAAUCUGUCAGCACUUCUACAAGCGAGGGACCAUCUGCCCCGGGAAUGAUACCUUUGACAUUGACCCAGAAAUUGAAACAGAAUGCUUCCUGAUAGAGCCAGAUGAACCCUUUGACAUCGGAACACCUGGAGAAAAUAGACUCAACCUGACCCUGGACUUCCACAGACUCCUGACGGUGGAGCUUCGGUUUAAGCUGAAAGCCAUUAAUCUGCAGACAGUUCGCCACCAGGAGCUUCCUGACUGCUACGACUUUACUCUGACUAUAACAUUUGACAACAAGGCUCACAGUGGAAGAAUCAAAAUAAGUCUAGAUAAUGACAUUUCUAUCAGAGAAUGCAAAGACUGGCAUGUAUCCGGAUCAAUUCAGAAGAACACCCACUAUAUGAUGAUCUUUGAUGCCUUUGUCAUUCUGACCUGCUUGUCCUCGCUGGUCCUCUGCGCAAGGUCUGUGAUUAGGGGUCUUCAGCUUCAGCAGGAAUUUGUCAGCUUCUUCCUUCUCCACUAUAAGAAGGAAGUUUCUGCCUCUGAUCAAAUGGAGUUCAUCAACGGUUGGUACAUUAUGAUUAUUGUUAGUGACAUACUGACCAUCGUUGGAUCCAUUCUGAAAAUGGAAAUCCAAGCCAAGAGUCUCACAAGCUAUGAUGUCUGUAGCAUCUUUCUUGGGACUUCGACCAUGCUCGUGUGGCUUGGUGUCAUCCGAUACCUGGGUUUCUUUGCAAAGUACAACCUCCUUAUUCUGACCCUCCAGGCAGCGCUGCCCAACGUCAUCAGGUUCUGCUGCUGUGCCGCUAUGAUCUACCUAGGCUAUUGCUUUUGUGGAUGGAUCGUGCUGGGCCCUUACCAUGACAAGUUCCGUUCUCUGAACAGGGUCUCCGAGUGCCUUUUCUCUCUGAUAAAUGGAGAUGAUAUGUUUUCUACCUUUGCAAAGAUGCAGCAGAAAAGCUACCUGGUGUGGCUGUUCAGCCGAAUCUACCUCUACUCCUUCAUCAGCCUCUUCAUAUACAUGAUUCUGAGCCUCUUCAUUGCGCUCAUCACAGACACGUAUGAAACGAUUAAGCACUACCAGAAAAAUGGCUUCCCAGAGACAGAGCUUCGCAAGUUCAUAGCAGACUGCAAAGACCUCCCCAGUUCUGGAAAAUACAGAUUAGAAGGCGACCCUCCAGCAUCUUUCUUCUGCUGCUGCAAUAAGUAACCAUUGGAUUUCUCUGGGCUUGCAGAGGAAAAUACGGCAUGUGGCUGAGCCAGAGACAAUAUGAACAAUUGUGAUAACGCAACAGUAUGCCCAGAUACUAGUAUUCUGAGCUCACUCCUGACUGAGACAUAGCGAGACCUGUUUCUGUUUUUAAAAAUAUUUUAGGUCUUUUCUACUUACAUUAGCAUUAAAAAAUAACGGAUUUGGCAGGGUGUGGUGGUGCACACCUUUAAUCCCAGCACUUGGGGGGCAGAGGCAGGCUGAUCUCUGUGAGUUUGAGGCCAGCCUGGUCUAUAGAGCUAGUUCCAGGACAGUCAGGGAAACCCUGUCUCAGAACAAAGCAAACAAAACGAAAAACUGAUUUGGUGAGGGAGGCUGCUGGACCAUUGCUGGUCUUAGCUGCUGUAGCUCUUGCGUGUUCUCCCUGGGACCCUUUGCCUUCCAGUGUGGCUUCUGCGUGCACUGGGCAUUUGGAUGACCCAGUGUCCCUCUCUGAGACUUGGGAUAAUUAUAAUUAUUACACAUCUGACACCACAGCAUCUGAGAGUUUCCCCCUUAAAAGAAGACAGAGCAAGAAAGAGGCCUCCAGCGUAGCCGGUGGUGCAGUGCUUGUCUCCUAGAGACAGCUGUUUGAUAAUCCUGCCUUUCAGUGUUAAGGCUCAAGGUUGAAGAGAGUCUAAACAUGAAUGAAAGCUAAAGUGAGUGCCAAAGGGUAUUUGAUCAAGCAGCGAUGGUUUUCCGUAGCAACCAAGCAGUGUGGGGGAAGCUAAUGGUAUACCAUGCCUGCCAUAGGUCCAAUCCGUCUCCGCAAAGCCGUGUGCGGCCAGGAUCUGUGGUGCUAUGGACUGCAGUUCUAGAACCCAUGCUAAAAAAUUUUAAAAUGAAUAUAUGUAUUUGAAGAGGCACUAAGUUAGGCUCUAUACUUUAUAGUUUGAUGAUGGGCAAGUAUGGGGAUUUUUAUGGUAUAAUACUCAUUUUGUGUACUGUUUAUCCAUGUAGACACUAAGUCAAUUGUGUAUAACAAUGACUUUAUAAAUAACCUUUAAAAACAAUAAAAAUUCUUAACAUUUUAAUAUUGAA